GGUGGAGCGGGCUCGGGAGCUGCCGUUGCCGCCGCCGCCCGGCAGCGCGCGCCGGGGACGGCGCGAGGCGCUCCCGCCACGGCGCCUCCCGCCCGGCGGGCGGCUCCCCUUCGCCUCAGCCGCGGGGAGCGGGUGCGGGAUGGCCGCCUCGGGCGGGCUGGAGCGCGGCGCGCUGGGCUGGGCUGAGCUGAGCUGAGCGGUGCGGAGCGAGCCGCGGCCGCCUGCGAGGACCAUGCCGUCGGGAAGGGAGCCGGGCGCCCCUCGGCUGCGGGAUCCGAGCGGGCCGUCCGCCCUGUCAGCGCCCGGCAGCGCCUAAAGCCGCGCCGCGCUGCCCCCGCGCAUCGCCAUGGACGAGCGCUUCAACAGGUGGCUGCUGCCGCCGCUGCUGGCCCUGCUCUUCUUGCUCAUCGUCUACCAGUACGUGUCGCCCGCCUGCCCCGGCGCCGCCUGCCCCCGCCGCCCGCCGGCCUCCGCCGCCCGCCGCUGGGGGGGCCCGGCGGAGCGGGAGGAGGAGGAGGCGGCGGCGGCGGCGGGCGCCGCGGAGGAGGAGGAGGAGGAGGCGGAGGCGGCGGCGGCGGCGCUGCCGCGGCUGGUGGCCAAGUUCCCGUUCGCGCGGGGGGAGCUGUGUCGGCGGGUGCGGUUCGACAUGCGGGGCCGCGACGUGAUCGUCUUCCUCCACAUCCAGAAGACGGGCGGCACCACCUUCGGGCGGCACCUGGUGCGCAACAUCCGCCUGGAGCAGCCCUGCUACUGCCGGGCCGGGCAGAAGAAGUGCGCCUGCCACCGCCCGGGCGGCGACAAGGACACCUGGCUCUUCUCCCGCUUCUCCACCGGCUGGAGCUGCGGGCUGCACGCCGACUGGACCGAGCUCACCAGCUGCGUGCCCGCCGCUAUGGAACGCCGGGGCUGCGCCGGUAACCGCACCCUCAGGAACUUCUAUUACAUCACGAUGCUGAGGGAUCCGGUGUCACGGUACUUGAGUGAAUGGAAACAUGUCCAGAGGGGUGCGACGUGGAAAACUUCCCUUCAUAUGUGUGACGGAAGAAGCCCAACACCAGAUGAGCUGCCUACCUGUUACGAAGGAGACGACUGGUCUGGAGUCAGUUUACAGGAAUUCAUGGAUUGUAGCUACAACUUGGCCAACAACCGCCAGGUGCGCAUGCUGGCAGACCUCAGCCUGGUGGGAUGCUACAACUUGACUUUCAUGAAUGAGAGUGAAAGAAAUAUGAUCCUUCUCCAAAGCGCCAAGAACAAUCUGAAAAAUAUGGCCUUCUUUGGGCUCACAGAAUUUCAGAGGAAAACGCAGUAUCUCUUUGAGAGGACAUUCAACCUGAAAUUCAUUUCCCCGUUCACCCAAUUCAAUGUUACGCGGGCCUCCAACGUGGACAUUGGUGAGGAUGUGCGGCAACGGAUAGAGGAGCUGAAUUUCUUGGACGUGCAGCUGUACGAAUAUGCGAAGGACCUGUUCCUGCAACGCUUCCAGUACUCCAAGCAAGAGGAGCAUCAGAAGAACCGGCUAAAGAGGCGAGAGGAGCGGCGGCUGCUGCGGGAGCAGAGAGCUCACCAGUGGCCAAGGGAAGAGGCAGCAGAAGUAGCCGUUACUGAAGAUUAUAAUAGUCAGGUCGCAAGGUGGUGAUGCUUCUCCAUCUUGACUAACCAAUGAGAGGAUCAGAGAGUUUGUGCAACUUGGCUACCUGGGAAUUAGCCAAGGAAGGCCUACUGCUUUGGUAAACGAGACCAUGUCUGACAGCUACCCCUCCUUGUCUCAGUUUUUCUUGGUUUCUGCCAGUGAGGAGAAUGUAUUUUUUUCUUAAUAGGUAUUGAUUAGUGUUAUUAAAUGGCAGUAGAAUAGAUUCCUGUCCAAAAAGACUUCUUCAAAGCCCUAAGCUAGGAGGAUGGAUUGAAGAGAGAGCUAUAUCCUUUGCGUUAACAGAUGUACGCUAUACAAUCUGAGCUACCAAAACUUGUGCAGACGUGAAUGAAAAAUUGGGAAAAAAUACCUAGUUUGGUUCCUCUGUGACAUGAGAGCUGGUUUAUUUCAUACUGUCCUUUGCAACUGUAUUGCGUAGCUUUCUAGUGAAUGCAGUGGAGGAAAGCACAUUGCCCUUCAAAUUUCUACGUGCUGUGUUUUGAUUAAGGGGACAACUUGCUAAGGUGAUUAAAAAAGACCUAGGAAAUGCGGGAUUGGGGCAUCACUUGUUCUGUUCUGUUAGCCAGCCAUCAGAGAUGAUUUAUAAGUGAAGUGAUGGAGGGGUUGGCUUAUUUCUCCGCAGAUGUUGAGACUUACUGAACCCAGCCAGGUAGCAGCUAUCUUUCUGAGUGUGUGUGGCAAAGGGAAAGCCUUGAGAAAUUAGGUCCAUGUGGCAGCUGAGCACACAUUGUGGAGAUUAUCUGGCUGGAGGCAAUGAAAUCAGCCUUCACAUUCACAAAAGGUGAAGAGGGGCCAAGCAAACUACAGGGAAGAGGAAAGGGAGAGCAGGAAAAGCUUAAAUAUUAGUGUGACAUUUUCCAGAUUUGCUGUAAAAGCCUGGAGAUAUAUUGUCUGUGAAGGUGGGCAGGUUUAUGAUAUUGUCUGUUAAAAUACACUGAUGCCAAGUGAAUACAACUUAAAUUGGUUUUCUCUCGAACUACGGUAGUGGCUAGACAAAAAAAGUCAGCUUUCGUUUUUAUAGGAUACAUAAUGGAUAUGUGGAAAGUCUUGAUAUUUAUUACUCUGUAUGAAGAUUCUUUGUAAAUUUAUUGUUUUCAUGAUGAGAGAUCUGUAUCUGUUUUUCUUCCUUGUCUAGAAAAAGAUUCAAUGGGUUCUUCCUCCAUGUGUUACAUUCUUGUGGCUAAACUGCAUCUAUUUAUUCCAAGAUUUUAUGUUGUUCCAUUCGUAACAGUGAAAUUUUAAAAAGAGGGUCCUGUGCACCAUAGAUCUUUUGAGAGAGUUUUUUUCCUUCUUCUUCUAGCAUAAAUGUAAAGCAUUAGGAGGAAAUUUCUCUAAGUGCCUCAACGUGGCUGCUAAAUCGAGAUGCUGAAAGUAUAUUAUUGCAUGCAUGAACGGCUUUUACCUUACAGAUUUGCUAAUUAGAAUUUCCGGAGUACCUGAUGUGGAUGCACAUUUCUCAUUUAUUUUCAAAAUUCAAGGUUUUUAUCCAGUCAGUAAAAAAAUAAGAGGCUGAAUUUGAAAAUUUCUCCCUUCAUUUCCAAGUCUUUUUUUUUAGUACAUGCUGUAUCUUCUUUUCUUCCGACAAUGCUAUUGCUGCUUAUCUAUGCACAAUAUCAAAACUAUGAUCUAACGAUCCUGUUGAGAUUUAAAGCAUACAAUAAUACAUUAAACAUGGAAUAUCAUAAUGCCUGUUAAGAAGUGAAGAGGGCUACCGGGACGGUGCCUCAUUAUCAAGGUAGUUUAUUAGCAAUAUGCUGCUUAAUGCCCGAUCGUCCAUAUGCUACUUUUGGGGUGAGUAGCGGUGGGUUUUGGUCCCUAAUAUCUGUUCCACUGGUGGAUCACGUCCAUCUCCUCCCACCUCCGUGUUCAGAAGGGAAAACGCGGGACUGCAGAUCGUUAUUCUCCUGCCCAAGCGUGAGAUGUCUGCCUUAGAGAGGAGUGAGGAGCUCUCUAGACUCCCUGGACGGAGCUGCUUGGAUCCCCAUCGCCUGGAAGAGGUACUCAGACACCUCGCUCACGUGUGGACACCUACCUUCAGAGUUCUAAAUCGCAAUGUUUGCAGUCUAGGACUGCAGCUCACGCUGGGUGUCCUGGCUGCAGGACGGUGAGGCGGUGGAGAGCUGAGCCUGGUCGGUAUUACUGCACCUCUAGUGCAGUGCAGGUAAUUUGAAGUGCUCUGACGUCUUACCCGCUGGCACCGGGGCUUCAGGCUGGGCUGGCCGUGGCCCUGUGGAGGGAAGGAGCUUUUUGGCCGGUGAUGCGGGGAUGACAGGGAGCUGUUGCAUCUCUCUGUUCCCAGGCCCGUUGCUGCAUCUUGCUGCAGACCCCGCAGCAGGAGAGGGGAAGGAUGCCUUUGGCACCUGAUACCUUAUGUCCGGGAUUUGCAGGCGUGCUCCUCAUUUCCAUGAGCACAGGGGGGCUAGGGGUGCUGGGGGGACCCCGAAGGGUCGCGCA